AUUUUCAGAUCAGGUAACACUAGACUAUACUGAGCCUGAUUUAGGGUUUUAGAAAGGGCUUUUGCCAAAAAUCUCCACUUUGAUUCUUGUCGUUGGAGAUCCAGAAAUGCAGAGAACGAUUACGAUUUUGCGUGGGCCUCUGGUCAGAGAACGAGGGUUUUCCACGAGCUCGUCUUCUUCCGAGAAAAUAGUCGCGUCCGUACUGUUCGAGAGGUUGCCUGUUGUCAUUCCCAAAAUCGACCCCGUCGUUUAUGCUUAUCAGGAGUUCGCAUUUCGGUGGCGACAGCAAUAUCGGCGCAUAUAUCCAGAUGAGCUUUUAGAUAAGUCUAAUGCUAGGGGAAAGGGUGACUACCAUAUUGAUUAUGUACCUGCUCCGCGGAUCACUGAAGCUGACAAAAUGAAUGAUAGAAAGUCAUUGCAAAGAGCACUUGACAGAAGAUUAUAUCUUCUUCUCUAUGGAAACACGGAUGGAUCUGCUGGGAAGUCAGUCUGGCAUUUUCCAGAAAAGGUUUACCAGUCUGAAGAGACAUUGCGGAAGUGUGCAGAAUCUGCAUUAAAAUCUAUCUUGGGAGAUCUGUCACACACAUAUUUUGUUGGAAAUGCUCCCAUGGGCCAUAUGGCUACAGAGUCAACAGAGGAUGUGCCAGACUCUCCAUCUGUUAAGCAAUUCUUUUUCAAGUCUCAAGUGAUUGCAACCAACAAGUUCAACAUUAAGAAGUGUGAGGAUUUUGUUUGGGUGACCAAGGAUGAACUGCUGGAGUAUUUUCCUGAGAAAGCUGAGUUCCUUAAUAAGAUGAUCAUCAGCUGAUCCAACACGCAUUUUGUUCUUGCAUAAAGUUUUUGCAAUUCAGUUGAAGCAAGAAUACCGACUGUUGGUUGAAGAGUUGAAGCUAACACAGAAAAUCUUAGGCUGUAGGUGCCAAUUGAUAUUUUCUGUGUGUUCGUUCCUGCUUUUGGUGACUAAAGCUAGGCCCAACGCUUGAAUUUAUGGAUAGUUUCACUAUUGCAUCGAAGCUAUUCAUAUCUGCACAAUAUUUUCAUUUAAAAAGAAACUUUAGUGAAAUAUUUAUUUAUGAA